AUGGCCCAACAUCCUCCUCACACCUGCUGCUUUGCUCUCCCACAGGUGCUCUGCUGGGGCUGCCUGCUCCCAGGAUUGAGGAAGCUUUCCCGCAGGAAGCAAGUCCCUGCCGGCUCGCAGGGCUCCAGCCUCCGCCGCUGCCUCUCCACCCUGGACCUCAUUGCUUUGGGAGUGGGCAGCACGCUGGGGGCUGGUGUCUACGUCCUGGCAGGGGAAGUGGCUAAGACCAGCUCUGGCCCCAGCAUUGUCCUUUCUUUCCUGACUGCAGCCCUGGUGUCUGCUCUGGCAGGGCUGUGCUACGCCGAGCUCGGGGCCCGCAUGCCCCUGGCCGGCUCUGCCUAUCUCUACAGCUACCUGACAGUGGGUGAGCUGUGGGCCUUCAUUGCUGGGUGGAACCUGCUGCUGUCCUGUGUCAUUGGUACUGCCAGCGUUGCCCGAGCCUGGAGUGCUACCUUUGACCAGCUCCUUGGCAGGAAGAUGGGGAUGGUUUUGGGUGCUCACACAGCCAUGAGCUCUGUGGGGCUGGCAGAGCAUGUGGAUGCCUUUGCUGCUGGCCUGGUGGUCCUGUUGGCAGGGCUUCUUUCCUUUGGGGUGAAGGAGUCUACCACAGUCAACAAAGCCUUCACAGCUCUCAACAUGCUUGUCCUGCUUUUUGUCACAGUAAGUGGCUUCAUCAAAGGUGACAUGAGCAACUGGAAGCUCAGAGAGGAUGACCUGCCACGGGCAGCCACCCACGAGGCUGGGAACCAGUCCAUGGCCAACAACAUGUCCAGUGCCUUUGGGGUGGGAGGCUUCAUGCCCUAUGGUUUCACUGGGACCUUGGCUGGAGCCUCUGCCUGUUUCUAUGCCUUUGUUGGGUUUGACUGCAUUGCUACCACAGGGGAAGAAGUGAGGGACCCACAGAGAUCCAUACCCAUAGCCAUCAUCCUUUCCCUCCUCAUCUGCUUCCUGGCAUAUUUUGGGGUGUCUGCAGCCCUCACUCUGAUGAUGCCUUACUACCUCCUGGACACCAUGAGCCCACUCCCAGCAGCUUUUGAAUACGUUGGCUGGACCAGUGCAAAGCAUGCUGUGGUUGUGGGGUCAUUGUGUGCCCUCACAACCAGCCUCCUGGGCUCCAUGUUCCCCAUGCCACGGAUCCUGUAUGCAAUGGCUCGAGACGGGCUCCUCUUCAAGCCUCUGGCCAGAGUUAGUCGCCGUCAGUGCCCGGUGGUGGCAACGCUGGCAUCUGGAGGAGUGGCAGCUCUCCUGGCCCUCCUCUUCGAUCUGAAAGCCCUGGUUGACACAAUGUCCAUUGGCACACUGCUGGCAUAUUCACUGGUGGCUGGCUGUGUGGUGCUGCUCAGGUACCGGCCUGCGGCCAGCAUUCGGGGCACUGCUGCAGGGAAGGUCUCAGCUAUGCAGCUCUGGUGGGACCUUCUCAUCCAUCCACCCCCUUGUCCAACCCCACGUUCCUCUGCUCUGGUGGGCUGGGCUCUGACAGCUGUUGCUGCCCUGGUCAGUGCCAUGAGCUGGGUGAGCGCUGCUGGACUCUCCUGCUUCCAGGUCAGAGGUGCAUGGUGCAUCACUGCCUUGGCUCUGCCUCUCCUGGGGAUCCUGGUGGCAGCUUUGCUCAUCUGGAGGCAGCCCCAGAGCCGGGAGAGAGCAUCCUUCAUGGUUCCCUGCCUGCCCUUUCUGCCACUCCUCAGCAUCACCAUCAACAGCAUCCUGAUGGCCCAGCUCAGUGCAGCUGCCUGGCUGCGGUACCUGCUCUGGAUGGCCACUGGUUUCGUCGUUUACUUUGGCUAUGGGAUCUGGCACAGUGCUGAGAACCACCAUCAUGAAGGGACAGCCCCCCAGGGAAGCCCUGCCAGGGAGAUGGCCCUGGGGACCCCCAGGACUGCAUGGCACCCACCUGCUCCAGAGCAAUAA